CGCCGCCGCCAUCGCUCCGGCCCUGCCCGGGCCCUCACCGGCCCGAAGAAACCCCGCGCCUCUCCCGCCCACCAAUCACAGCGCGCGAUGGCUCCUCGAUUUGCAUAACCACGCCCUCUGCCUUGGCCCCGCCCAGCGCCGGCUGCAGUCGCCUCCGAGCGCUCUUUGCUUCCAGUUCCCUCCCAGUGCUCCCAGGAAGAGCCAGACUGGGAGGAAAAGCGCUCCCGACUCCUUCUCGCUUCUCUCAGGAUCGCUCCCGGUGCUCUCAAUAUCGCUCUCAGCGCCGCGCGUGGCGCAGUCCCUUUGGAAUUCUCCCCAGGGCACAGCGCGGCUGCUUUUCGAUGUCGACACCUCCCGCUCUAGGCUUGGGGAGGAGGAGGAGCGGGAGGAAGAGGAGGAGCAUGAACAGCAUCGACAGAGGAGGCGGAAGAGGAAGAGGAGGAGCGGGAGGAGCGGGAGGAGCAGCAGCUGCAGCAAGAGCACGCGGUUCCCUCGGCUGCCCCCUCAGGCCGCCGCUGCCCCGGCUCCCGCAGCAUCGCCGCCCCGGAACCCGCAGGAUUUCAGAUUCCCAGACCUUGGCGCAAUGAAGGAGGAGGGGGCCGCGAGGAAGAGGAAGAUGUCCCGGGAGCCCCAGGCAGAUAUGGAGCUGAGCACCGAGGCUAGCGAGGACAAAUCCCCGCGGCAGAACCUCAUGGAAGAGGCCGUUGUGAGCGGCCCCACAACGCAGGAAUCGAAUGGGGAGGAAAAUCCCCGGAGAUCCCGCACGAGGAGGGGCUGCAAAUGCAGAUCUCGAGCAUCUGAGGAGGAAAGAUCUACCCUGGGCCGCGGAGGUGGCCGGAGCUCGGAGCUGGAGGUCCCUGAGCAGCUGCAGGAUGGGGAGAAGCCCCACAAGUGCUCAAAAUGUGGGAAGAGCUUCAGCCAGAGAUCCUACCUGAUCAAACACCAGGUCAGCCACACUCUGGAGAUGCCCUUUGAGUGUGAUAAAUGUAGGAAGAGGUUUCAGACCAGCUCCAGUCUCCUCCAGCAUCGGCGGGUUCACACAGAUGAGAGGCCGUUUGUCUGCCCCGACUGCGGGAUGGGCUUCAAGCACAACUCUGCCCUCAUCACCCACCGGCGCAUCCACACCGGGGAGAGGCCCUACGAGUGUCCCGAGUGUGGGCAGAGCUUCACCCAGAGCUCCACCCUGACUGCCCACCGGAGGAGCCACACAGGGGAACGGCCCUAUGAGUGUGUGGAGUGUGGGAAGAGCUUCAGCCGGAGCUCCACCCUGAUUGCCCACCAGAGGAGCCACACCGGGGAGGGUCUCUACGAGUGUGAGCAGUGUCGGAAGACCUUCAGCCGAAGCUACCACCUGAUACGCCACCAAGCGAGCCACAAGGGGGAACGGCCCUACGAGUGUGGGGAGUGUGGGAAGAGUUUUAUUCACAACUCCAAUCUGAUCCUUCACCAGAGAAUCCACACAGAGGAGAGGCCCUUCAAGUGUGGGGAGUGUGGGAAGAGCUUCAGCCAGAGCUCCCACUUUACUGUCCACCAGAGGAGCCACACAGGGGAGAGACCCUACGAGUGUGACCAAUGCAAGAAGAGGUUUCCAACCAGCUCUGAUCUCCUCAAGCACCAGCGGAUUCACACGGAUGAGAGGCCCUUCCGCUGCCCCGACUGCAGGAAGGGCUUCAAGCGAAACUCCAACCUCGUCAGCCACCGGCGCACCCACACCGGGGAGAAGCCCUAUAAGUGUGAGCAGUGUGGGAAGAGAUUCUCCAGCAGCUCAACCUUGACCAAACACCAACGGAGCCAGCACUGAGGGAAGCCCUGUGAGUGCCUUGAGUGCGGGAAGAGCUUCGUGCGCAGCUCCAGCUCCAUCCCCCAUGGGAGGAUCCCCCCUGGAUGAUCCCCAGUGACCCCUGGUGGGCAGAGCCCUGGUGAUUCCUGGUGCUGGUGAUCCGUGUGGGGAAGACACCUGGAUGAGGGCUCUACAUCCUCCUGGGUCCCAGUGACCUGGAUUCUCUUUUCAUUUCUCUUUGUCCUUUCAAAACACCCAAAUUCAAGGUAAAAAUAAAGAUGUUCAACAAAGACGUAGAUGGCGACUUGGGGGCAUCUUCCAGGGUAUGUGGUGAAUGCGGAGUGUAAGAGAG